ACUCACUGUGAAGUCUCAGCUAAAGCAGAGAACUGAUGACGUUAGGUUGAAUGACCAAUCGGAAGGCGCUGCCCUUUGGAGACAAACCAUUUUACUUGUAGUGGCUGCAUCAAGUCUGGAAGCAAGGACUCAAAUUUAACAGAAUCCACCUUAAAAUCUCUGCCUUUACUCAAGCCCACCUUCCACCAUACCGCGUGAGAAUUACAGGACAAAAAAGGAUAAAUUGUGGAGGUAAUAACGCAAUAUCCCCUAACCAAGGAGAGAAAGAAACGAACACAACGAAAGGACUCAUUUGGACUUCAGAGAUAGGGGGUAAGUGCUCUCAAGGCAGAAAAUUUGAUGAUGACCAUGACUACGAUGGCUGACGGUCUGGAGGCUCAAGACUCGUCAAAAUCUGCUUUCAUGGAGUUUGGACAGCAAUCGCACUCACAACAGAGCUCUCCGUCGAUGGCCGCCAGCCAUUAUCCGCUCCACUGUCUCCAUUCCGGGUCUCAUCAUCAUCAUCAUCAGCACGACAGCUCUCCGUACUCCGGCUCGAACUCCUAUAACAGGUCGCUACCUUACUCCUAUGUGAGCCAUCCCCACCACAGUCCGUACCUGCCGUCCUACCACAGUAACGCCAGCGGAACACAGACCAGGUUAGACGCCACAGAACAGCAGAAAACAACAGUGAUUGAAAAUGGAGAAAUACGUUUCAACGGAAAAGGCAAAAAGAUCAGAAAACCGAGGACGAUUUAUUCCAGUUUGCAGCUCCAGGCAUUAAAUCACCGGUUCCAGCAGACUCAAUACCUGGCGUUACCAGAGCGCGCGGAGUUGGCUGCCUCUCUCGGGCUCACACAGACACAGGUAAAGAUAUGGUUUCAAAAUAAAAGAUCCAAGUUCAAGAAGUUGUUGAAACAAGGCGGUAACCCUCACGAGAGUGACCCUUUGCCCGGCUCCAUCGCUCUGUCUCCGCGCUCUCCAGCCAUUCCGCCUAUCUGGGACGUCUCAGCCUCCUCUAAAGGAGUAAACAUGUCUGCUAACAGCUACAUGCCCGGUUACUCACACUGGUACUCGUCGCCUCAUCAGGACGCCAUGCAGAGAUAGGCAACUAGACCUGUUUUAGGCCAGAGGCCUUGACGUUGACAUCUUGUCUUCGCCCAGUUCACGGUUUAACAUCCCUAAUAGAGACAUAUUGUAGCCUAUUAAGGGGACGAUUUCUUUUGAAGGAUGAAGGCAUGUGGUGUGGCGAAGCUCGACAGUGGAACUAAAUGUCAGUAGCAUCAUAAACGGAUUUAUUAAAAUCUGUUCUCACGUUUGGCUGUAAUCAAACACAAUCAUCACCAACAUGAAAUUGGGACAUGAAGCGAAACGUUUUGUCACGCGCUUGAGUCGCAUUUGAAAACGAACUCAAACCUCCUGCGUUUAUGUUUUUGAUCAUGCAAACGAAAGCAGUUUGAUUGUAAAUAUAUUGUCCGAUUUUAGUUGUUAAAAACUUUUUAUGUUUUGUCAUAAAUGGAG